AUGUCUCAGAUGGUGUUCAGUCGAGAAUUCUUGCUCAACACGUUGAUGCUGCCAUACGCUUUCUUGCAGAGGCAGUUUACCUCUUCCGCAAGGCCGCCCUACUACAUGCCCUCUGAGCGCUCUCCGCAUCUCCGAACACUGAUGGCCUGGCCGGACCAGAGCUCGACGAGAAACAUCGCGGAUCUGUUCAGCGCUCAGAAGGAGGUUGCCUCCAUCGCCAACGCAAUCGCAAAGCACGAGCCAGUCUGGAUGUACACCAAGCCGGCUGAGUGUCGCAUCGCAGCAGACUUCGUCAAUACCAAUGUGAUGAUCACGCCGCUCGAUGUGUCUGAGCUGUGGAUACGGGAUACCGGGCCUGUCUUCGUGAACAGCGCUAACGGAGAGAAGCAGUUGGGCAUCGACUUCGGCUUCAACUACUGGGGCAACAAAUUCGACUUGCACAGGGAUCAGUCGGUCGCCAGGAAGCUGCUCGCAGAAAGGCGCAUGAACAGGCUGCAAGCCCCUAUUGUUCUCGAAGGCGGCGGCAUCGAAGUGGAUGGCCAAGGCACCCUUCUCGCAACCGAAAGCAGCAUCAUCAACGAGAACCGCAACCCAGGCAAGAACCGAACAACCAUCGAGCAAGAACUCCGCAACCUCCUCGGGGUGGAAAAGAUCAUCUGGCUACCUGACUACCACAUCGACUCGCUCGCCCGCUUUGGCCCUGACUCCCGAACUAUCAUCCUCUCCCGACCCAACGAUGCCAUCCCGCACGACCACCCGACAUACAUCGUCUACGACCAGUCCCACGCCAUCCUCAGCGCCGCCACUAACGCCGCCGGCCAACGUUACCGGAUCAUCGAGAUCGAAGAAGCGCUCACCGUCCCACGCGUCAGCAAUCGCCCCAAAGAGCAAACAACCGUCCUACCCGAAGACAACUGGCUUCCGGCUACGAGCUACGUCAACUUCUACACGCCGAACGGUGCGAUCGUGGUGCCGCAGUUCGGGGAGGAGAGGACGGAUCAGGAGGCUGUGGAUGUUCUGCAGAGGUUGUUUCCUGAGAGGGCAGUGGAAAAGGUGGUGUUGGAUUGGAUGGCUUAUGCGGGGGGAGGGCCGCAUUGUGCUACGCAGCAGUGGCCUGUGUUGGGGAGGCGAGGAGGAUAA